AUGUCGAGGAGGUUGAAGGACCAUGGUGUCGAAGGUCCAAUGACUGCUGCUGUCGAUAAGCGUGAUUAUGGUGAUGGUGGUGGUGAUGAUCUGAGAGGUGGUGGUGAUGGGAGCGAUGACAUUUCUCUAGGUGGUGAUGGUGGUAAGAAUUGCUGUGUGGCUCAUGAUGAACUUGUGGCUCAAGUGGCCAGCGCCGGAAUACAGGGGCAUGCCAACAAACUGGGUCGAGAUCGAUUAGAACCUCAGCCUGACCAGCCACCACUUGCUGGAAAGCCAUUUGAUCUCCAGCUGGAUAAAGGGAAGAGCAAUUGGAGAGCAGACUGUUAG